AUGCCGCUGAAAGACAAAGUUAUUGAAGCUCAUCUUCAAAGCCUGUUGUCAUCAGAAGGUGAGGAUACUGACGAUGAUGAAUUAAAUGAAGAUUUUUCUGACAUCUUGAACAAAAGGCUAGAUAGGAUACAAAAUAUCACUACUGAAGAGCUCCUAGAUAUACUUAGUAAUAAAAACGAAGCAUCAUCUCAUUCCUCUGCUGAGCCUGUAACUGAAACAGGUCAAGAAAGUCAAAUAAUACAACCUGAGAACCUGGGGAUUGAAGGUUAUAAUACACCAACUAGCACAGUUGCCAAUAUUUUUGUUGCACCACCAUCUCCAGUUCAACCAUCAUCUCCAGUUCGACAACCAUCUCCGUUUCGACAACCAUCUCCGUUUCGACCACCAUCUCUAGUUCAACCAUCAUAUCCAGUUCAACCACCAUCUCCAGUUCAACCAUUAUCUCCUCCAGUUAGUGAUAUUGUCAUCUAUACUCAAUUGAUCCAAAAAGACAGAUCUUGGUCAACUAAUAUUGAAAAUCAAGCAUUUCCAGUCUUUGAAACUAAAGCUAGACCUACCACUUCUUAUAAUAACAGACAUUUGCCUAUAGAUUACUUUGAACACAUGUUUACAUCAAACAUAAUUGAUAUUCUGGUGGAAAAUACUAAUCUAUAUGCUAUAAAAAAUCAAUCAAGAAACUGGGUAGAAACAAAUAAUGAAGAAAUGCGUGCCUUGCUUGGUGUUAUUAUAAUGAUGGGCUUAAAUCCAUUGACUGAUGUUGAGCUUUAUUGGUCCACUGAUGAUUUUUACAAUAACCCAGUAAUUAGCCGAGUGAUGACCCUAAAACGUUACAAAAAACUAAUAGAAAACUUUCAUGUGAACAACCCAAACAUUGAAUUGGAACGCAGUGAUUCAAAUUAUGAUAAAUUAGCUAAAAUCAGACCAUUGAUUGGAAUUCUAAACCAUAAUUUUUCAAGCAUGUGUACUCAAUCUUCAUCACAAAGCAUAGAUGAGAGCAUGGUAAAGUUCAAGGGUCGAAGUAGCAUGAAACAGUACAUGCCAAACAAACCAAUCAAACGAGGGUACAAAAUUUGGGCACGCUGUGACUGA